GGCCCCCAGAUUGCGGGUGAUUUUCAUUUCGGCCGCGGCAAUAAUCCGAGUUCGUCGCAGUGGAGGCAUCAGGUUUCAGUAUGGGCACGUUCCGUGUCGGUGUUUUCGUGCGGCGACGGUUGUUUUGAAGCGCCAGCGCCGGGUUCGCCACCAGGUUUCGUCUGUCAGGAUCACAGAUAUCUGAUGUCGAUGAAGUGAAAUUUGAUAUCUUUGGUCACGCAUUGCCGAUCAUGUGCGCAUUUCGUUCCCGAUUUUACCACAAGCACCAGACACCCUGAUACCAUCGGACACCCUUAUACCAUUGGACACCCUGAUACCAUCGGACAUUCUGAUACCAUCGGACACCCUGAUACCAUCGGUGGCCAGAAUGGUUGUGGAAUCCCAUCACGAUUAUGGGAGCUUCCCCAGUGCGGCAGCGAGCGUGAACGGCAGACAGGGGGAGCGGAGCCGGUCCGCGAUGGACGAGAGCGACGCCUACAUGCAGAGUCGGCCGCUGUUGCAGGACGACGGUUGGCGGGGCACCGAGAAUGGAGAUGUCCAGCAUGGCGCCCCGGAGCCGGCCAGCAACGGCGGCUUCUACCAGGCGACCCCGGCCGGCGGCGGCGCUAAGGGCGAGGCAUCUGUCCGGGUCAACAUCGGCACGCCGGCGCCGCUCCGCUUCCCCAAGGAGAAGCUCAAGACGCUGCUCGCGCUGCUCUGGAUGGUGUUCAACUUUCUGCUGACGCUCACCUCGCUGGCCAUCACCCACGAGCGCGUGCCGGACACGCCGCCGCUGCCGGACAUCGUGCUGGACAAUGUGCCUACCGGCAGCUGGGCGCUCAAGGUCUCCGAGACGGUCAUCAUCGUCAUGGUCAACUCGGCCUUCCUCGUCGUGCUGCUGCACAAGCAUAGGUUUAUCGUGUUCCGUCGGAUCUUCCUCAUCAUGGGCCUGCUGUACAUGAUGCGGUCGGUGCUUUACUUCGUGACGGCGCUGCCCAAGCCGGACCCGGACUACCAGUGUGAGCCGAAGGCUGGGUACCUGUCCUUCACGCUGGUGGUAACGCGCGUGCUGAAGCUGUUCGGCGGCUUCGGCCUCAGCAUCAACGGCCAGCACGUGUACUGCGGCGACUACAUCUACUCGGGCCACACGGUCACGCUCACCAUGGCCUACAUGGUGCUGCGCGAGUACACGCCGCGUCACUGGUGGGUGCUGCACUGGGCCAGCCUGCUGGCAGCCCUGACCGGCGUGGUGAUGGUGCUGAUAGCGCGCGGCCACUACACCGUCGACGUGCUGAUCGCCUACUACGUCACCACCCGCGUCUUCUGGCUCUACCACACCAUGUCCAACAACGCUGCGCUCAAGGAGAGCGGCCCCAACAACUACCUGUCGCGCAUCUGGUGGUUCUUCAUCUUCCGCUACUUCGAGCGCAACGUUAGCGGUCCGGUGCCACGCCAUUACGAAUGGCCGCUGCCGUGGCCGCGCUGCCUGCAAAAUAAGCGACCAGAACGGACCUCGUAGGUGGCGCCAUCCGGCGGCCGGCCCGCACACCGCCAGUGCACCGCGCCGCCGCCGGGCGGCGCGCCUGUCCUAAGUGCCUGAGUGCGGUUGGUCGCCGCCGCUGCGGCCACCUGCGUGAAUGAAGUGCUGUGCGUGGCGCGUGAAGCGUGAUGGAGCCGAGCGGACGCCGGGACGCUGUGGGAGGCGCCGUGGCGCGCGCUGCCGUGGUCUUCUGUGCCGGCUGUUUUGGCGCGAGGGCGGCGCGCCGCCGGCCGCCGUGCGACCGCCGAGCUUGCCCGGUUCUCCACUGUUGUUCGCGCGCGCCGCGUGACGGGUGUCGGCGCGUGCUGUCCGCGCCGGGGCUGCGGGCCGCGGGCGACACCAGCGGCUUGUGAAGCGUAUCAAAAGACGCCGGCUGCCGACCGGCCGGCCAUCCUCGCGCGUCGAGCCGGCGGGAGCCGGGCCCGGUCUGACCCUCUGCGGGGGCGCCGCGGGCGCCGGCACAGUGCUGUGGAGGUGACGCGCGGCUCGCUGCCGGUGACGUCAUAGCGUGACGUCACCGGCUGAGGUCUCGGUCUGGCGGUCUGCGGCCCGGCUGGAUGGAGCCUGAGUGAUGCUUUGUCGUUGCGUGCAGACGAGCGCUGCUGGCGGGCCAGAAUCUGGCCGUCCGGGUCCUGUCCAGCUUUCACGCCGAAUCUGGCCGGUGUUGGCCGUGCGGCUCCGGGUCGGCCAGCCGUGAUGCGGCGGCUGCGGCUCUGGCGCCGCCGUUCGGGCGCGGCGAAAGCCGCAGCCGCCGCCGUCACCUCGCCUCGCCUCGCGUCGCCUCGCCUCCUCAGCGGGCUGUGGCUGUGUCCAGGGGGCAGGGCUCGCGUGUGUGGUGGGGCUCGGUCUGAGUGGGUAGGGCCUCCUGGGGCUGGGGAGCGCCGUCUGAGGGCACCCCGGCACCCGGUGACUCCGGGAUGUCGGCCGGCGUCCUGCUGUACCGUUUAGGGCGCCGAUACGUGGCUCAAGGCUUCGGGUUAUCAUUCGGGGUUUUGGCGUGCCGCCGAGGGCUUUAGCGUACCUCCCGGGACUUCGUGUCCCCCAAAUGCCCUUUGGGUACCUCUCAGACUGUUGGAUGCCGCUCAGGCUUUGGAGUACGGCCGGGGUUCUGUGGUGAUUCCCGAGGGUCGUGGUUGCUAUCCGGGUGGCUGGACGUACAGCCAGGUGCUCUUGGAGCCGCGUCGGAGUCUCGGCAGGCGUAGCCCAAGCCUCCGGGGCUGGCGUGGUUGGCUCUGGGGUGCGGGAGGGAUGUCUGACGGGCGGCCGCCCGGUGUCGCGAACCACUGCGAGCCGGGCGGGAGCGCGCGCCGACGCGCUGACGGUCCAGCUGUGUUUCAGCGUGCCGCCGCUGUGCAGAUGUGGCGCCACCAUCGUGGUGGCGCUAGUGUCCUAUUUUGUAUAAUUUUGUACAUUGACAGUUGUGUCCGGUUGAAAUACAUAAUGUAACGAAG